CAUGGCAGAAAGUAGCGAACAGAAAGAUGAAGAUGGUAUUAUAGCACAAACAUCGGCAAGUUUAACAUGUAUUGAUAGUCUUUUUCUUAUAGGCGGUUUUGGUGUUAUGCUAAUCAUUAUUUUCUUUGGAAUACUUUCAAGUUUAAUUUCAUCACUGGUCUUGGUGGCUUCUUUCCUGAGUGGUGCUAUUUUUAUUCAUCUUCUUCUCAGAUUUUGUGAUGGACAGCUACCAAAUGUCUUCAUUUAUAACAUCAGGAAAACAAAACCUGUGGAAGAUAAAGCUUUGUCAAAGAUAUGCACUGUAUGUGGCAACAAAAAAAUGUAAAAGACAUCAGAAUGACCUGAGUAUCUAUUUGGUGAAGCCAUGGACUGAGUUGCUAGUUCCACAAGAAAUAGAUGAGGCCAUAGAGCAGAUUUUGACACUGACCUUGAAGGAAUAUGUAUAUUCAUGGUACACAGAUAUCAGCAGUGACGAUUCAUUUGUUCAGGAACUGAGAGUGGCCUUGCGAUUUAUGGGAGCCUCACUGAUACGUCGAGUACGACAGGUUGACCUGGUAAAUAUCAUCUUAGGAAGGAUCAGUAGAGUUGCAGCUUAUCAUGUGGAUGGCUGUGUGAAAGGCAAAGCUGUUUUUGGUAAUUUACAUGUGGCUCUUCGCAGUAGGGAAGAAGAAAUCCAGUAUUUAAGAUGUUUAGUGGAGAGACUUCUACCUUACACCUUACCUAGAAAACCUCUUCAGUGCAGAAGCCUCAGUACACUGAUUCGGGAAGUAUUGUGUGGUUCAGUCCUCUUGCCAGCGAUGGAUGUCAUAGCCAAUCCUUCAUCUCACCUUCGUCAUCUGCUGGAGGAUCUUCUUCAAUCGGGCAUGUGGACUACUCCUAAUACAUUUGUCGUUCACUACUUGCAUAGGAUUGCAGUUUCUUUCUCUUCGGGCUGUCAGCAUCCACCUGUAGCCAUUCUUCAGACUUCCGUGACUGGUGUUCCAGAGGCAUUGGUAUCACAGAUUGAUGUUGCCCCUUUGCAUUCUUCCAUGUCAUCUUUGGCCUCUAGACUUUCUUUGGCUCCUGCUGGAAAUCAUGGCAUGACUACUCAUCAUGUGUCCCGACUCCCAGCAUCAGCUCCUCGAUCUAUUGUCACUCAGAAUGGAUUCCAUAUUUAUCUUAGAGACUCCUCCACUUGGGCAGACUGUCACCAAUGGCAUUGGUGCCUACCCUAUGCUGGUAGGAUGGAAGAAUAUCCGGACACUAAAGAACCAAAAGUGGAAUUUCUGGAACAUUUUAUCACUUCUAAUAUUCCAACAAAUAAUUCAGUGCUGAACGUGGAUCUUGAAACUAUCCUCAACAACCAGCAAUUACUUUUUCCUUUUAUGCAGUUUUUAAAAGAGCAUGCUGUGGUGAAUAUUUUACAAUUCUGCCUGAGUGUUGAUGAUUUCAACCAGCGCAGCAUGAAUCCUGAUAUGACAACCGAGCAAUUGACAACACUCCAUAAAGAAGCCAAAGCAUUGUAUGAAACCUACUUUGUACAUGAUGCUGUUGAUAAGGUCAGCUUCGAUGAAGACAUUGUACAUGAGAUAAAGGCUAUUGUAGAUGGCCCAGUAGAGAAUGUCAUCAAACUUCGAACUACAUCUCCUUUGUUUAGAGCCUAUGAGUAUGCCUACAACUUGCUAGACCAGAUUUAUUGUCCAAUAUUUCAGCACAGUGAUAAUUACUUUAGGCUUCUAUGUGGGGAUCGUUGUAGUGGAUCUGGCCAACGGAAUUUAACCAAAGCCAACAAAAGAGGAACUGGAGAGUCAUCUGUCUCCAAACUUGGGAACAAAAUCAAAGGAGUUUUUUGGACUAACACAGAUGAAGGACGGGUGUUUGCUGAAGAGUCAGCCACAGAUCUUGGUGAAGUUUUAUUGGGCGAUUCUACGCUGGACUCAACAGUCUGGGAGGACUCUGAAGUAUACAAGUUUGAGGGUGAUCCACGACUGAAGGACCUUAGUGCUUGGCGUGUGUCUAUUCCUCGAGUGGAGACUCGGAUGGACAUCCAUUGCAAGUACUACCACGUUUUCAUCAUAGAAGUACAACGUAUUGAUGUAAAUGGCGAAGAUAAUCCUGAUGAGUUGCACUGGACAGUGGAAAGGAAGUAUCAUGAGUUUUAUGUCCUAGAAGCCAAACUUAUUGAGUUUCAUGGAGAAUUUUCUUCUGUUCAAUUGCCCCAAAAACGUUCAUUUGGUAAUAAAAGUCGGCAGUUCAUGGAAUCACGGAAGUCUGCCUUUGAAAAUUUUCUUAAGAACCUUCUGUCAAUCCCAUUGCUUAAAGGCAGCCAGCUGCUAUUCAGGUUCCUUAAGUCACCUGUGGAGUUUUCCACUGGAUUUUUGCCAGAUAUUAACUUGGGUAGAAUGAUCAAAACUGUACCCAUGAAACUCAUGAAAGAGAAAGGACAGCAUCUAGACCCUUUCCUACAAGCUUUCAUAGCAUCAACAGAAUCUGGAAAGCCUAAGCCAAGUAAAGUAGAAUGGAAAGACAUCUUUGAAACACCUAUACCUCCAAUCCUCAAGAAGAUAAGAAACCCGAUCUUCGACAACAAUUACUCUAAGUGGGUUUCCCAUACAGAUGAUGAGGCAACAUCAGAGAAAGUAGAUGGUUCUGUAGAAACCCUGAAGGAUGUCUAUGAUUACAUUUUCUAUGUUGCUCUUCAUGUCUACAAACUUCCUGAUUGGUGUGUCCAGUUGCUUCGAAUGUUUGACUGUCUGGUACGUCAGUCACUACAGGGUUAUGUGGAGUGGUAUCUGGACAGAAAGAUAGAACAAGCCAUUAAGCCACAGCGUGUUGCAGAACUUCUAGAAAUUUUGAAAGAUGUUUUAUUUUUUGACACCAGUCCUCCCAGGACUGAUGAGCAGAAAGCUGAGCGAGCCAAGAUAGCAUUACAACAAGCUACAGAAUUUUUCACUGACCAUUUUGGUUGGUUGACUGGAGAGCAGUGUUUAGAGGAAGGAACUAAGUUACUUUUUACAUAUCUUCAAAACCCUAUUCUCAACAAACAUCUCUCCUAUGUUCUUCUGGAUGUAGUAGUACAAGAAAUAUUUCCUGAACUACGACCAGACUACACACCCAGCCCAGAGAUGUGGACCUAGUCAGUUCUCCCAGUUUCAUUCAAAAAAAGAUUACUUUUGUGAUAAAUGGGAACUUUUUUUUUCAAAUUCCUUACACUUUAAAACAUUUUUUAGUAUUUUCACUUAUUGUUCGUUUAUUAUGAAUGCAGAACUUAUACUUUUGUUAAUACUUGUUGAAAUUAAUGUAAUUUUAUGUGAAAAACAUAGUAAUAGUUGAAACAGCACAUUUCAUUAAUUUUAUUAUUCCAGUAUUGAAUCUUUUAGAAGUAAUUCAACUAUCAUAUAACUAAUCACAGUGUAGGUAUUUUUAGUCAACUAGAAGUGUAUGAGAUUAAAUUCUAGAGAAAGCUGCUUUUUUUUGGAGGCUAGGGGUGUAUAUGUAAAAAUCUUCAGGUUUCAUAACCUAUAAGAUGUAAUUUUUCAAGUACUCUAUUAACAUACAGACUGUAUGGUGUUAUAUAUAUAUAAUUUAAUGGAAAAAUGUAUAGUUAAUAAUUUGUAAAAUAAACGCUCAUUCAAACAAAA